CCUCACCUCCCUACUACAUAGGAACCUUCCUGAGGCCGCUCACCCAAGGGGCUGAUUAUCAGCGCCUUCGAGCCCUUGAUGGUCGUGGCUGUGGCCCACGACGGCCUAUCUGAUAGCCGGGCCCAGACCGUCUGCUUAUCGUGUAAAGAACGCAAGCAGAAGUGUGACAGGUCGUUGCCCAGCUGCACCCGCUGCGAGCGGUUACUCUUGAAAUGUCGCUAUCCAGAACCGAGAGUAUACUCUAGUCGGACGACGUCUUCGGGCUCCGAGAGUGUUUCGUGCCCAUCGCCUGUGAUCGACCGCGACCAAGCUUUGGCCAAUGACCUCCGCCUUGUCUUUGAUGGAUCCCAGUCUGGCCUCCCUCAAUUGGGAGACUUAGUCAGUAAACAUAGAGAGCAGUUUGAAGCCAUGGCGGAUGUCUUUCUUUCCUCUUGCCAGAAAUGGGUUCCCAUUAUCCACCGACACACAUUCCGGGAGCACUGCAAAGCGCCCCAGACAGAGCUUCCUCAAGGGUUUCUUGCCUUAAUCCUAAGCAUGGGGUUGAUGACACGCCCUUUGAUGGACGGCGAUAGACCGGACUCACUACGCGAGUCUAUGUAUGUGGCAGCGAGACGACUCUUUUGGGAUGUGGAGUCUGUCGCACAGCCGACACUGGCUCUCAUUCAGUGUGGACUCUUGCUGUCUGCGUAUGAAUAUGGACAAGGGCUCCUGAAUGCUUCCUACGUGACGAUUUGUGUCUGUUCAAGUAUGGCGCAAAUCAGUGGGCUCUGCCCAACACAACACCCACCAUCUCUUCCACUCCCGGGCCCCUGGGCGCCGCAAGACGAGGGACUGCGGACUUGGUGGGGAAUUUUGAUUCAUGAGAGGAUGAUUAGUCUGAAAAGUGGCGUUCCCAUCCGACCUCUGGGUAUUAGUGACUCAGAAGUCAUGGAAGGCGUGGACGUUGAAGCAGAAUCCCGCUUUAUUGUUUCGAACAUUGAUCUCGAUCCGUUAUAUGCUUCUUUCUAUCUCCAGGCAAGAGCUGCAACCUGGCUGGAAUUGGUUCUAGACGUGACGCGCAGCCCUCAAACACGGUCCUCGGAAGGCCGGCUACGCUUUCAGAAUCUUGAUAGAGGUCUACUACUCUUCUUGAUGACCCUGGUUCAACUCGGCCUGGGGUCCUGCUGUGAAGCCAUUGCCAUUAGCCUCAGUGCCUUUAUUCACUUGCACAGAUGGCGUCUCACAUGCGAUAGCCCCUUCUUCUCCCAGCAGGAUUACCUGGAAUCAUCAAGGGCGAUUGAAACGAUCCUCAAGGUCCUGUCAGAUCUCGCCCAACACCGUGCCGAAAGCGCUAUCUCCGGAGAAGACAAUGAGCUAGACGCCGAGCAAUUCCCCUAUUUUAUCCAUAUGAUCUAUCAACUACUAAUUGAAAUGCGACAACAGCCACGCCUGCAGUAUCGUCCAGCAACGGACACAGUCCCAUCGCAUGCGUUUGAAAAAGAAAUGAGUCUCCUCUAUGGGAUCCUCCUAAAACAGACCGACCGAUGGCAGAUUUCACGGGAAUACCUUGCCAUGCUAGAUGGCGGGUAAUGAUAUCAUCUAAUAUCUAUAAGAACUCGACAACAACGGUCUGCGCAACGAAGAGAGUCUACUAACAAGUUUAUACGAUGAUCUAUCAAUGAACAUAACUCUUGUGCUUCAUGACUUGGUGGUUUGAAACUCGAUUAGUCGAUGCUGUCCAGUCUUUUGGCUUUGAUUGAAUGGAAAAUGAAGAAAGAAAAUUAUGCGGUAUGAAAGAUAGCCCCUUCAAUGCAUAGUUGGGAUAGAUUCGCCUCCGUCAUAAUCUACUUGAUUGACAAGAAUAUAUAGAGUAACUAGUUAGGUACUGAAUGCAUCACAUGUCAUAGAGUGGAC